CCAGGGAAGCCAAGGCUAGAAAACCCACCAUGGCGUCAUUGAAAGUUGCAGUUCGAGUUCGGCCCUUCAACCAAAGGGAGCAUGAACUUGGCGCAAAGCUCAUUGUGCAGAUGGAUGGCAAGAAGACCCGGCUGUUAAAACCGAAACUUGGCACAGGCAAUGGCGUCCGAGUGGAUCUGGCAACGAGAGUGGCCCAGGACCCGUUUAAUGACUUCACGUUUGACCACUCGUACUGGUCCGUGGACGAACGCGAUGCCCACUUUACUCACCAGGAGACCGUGUUCGACGAUCUGGGCACGGAGAUCGUCGACUGUGCCUUCCAGGGGUACAAUGCUUGCGUCUUUGCUUACGGUCAAACAGGCAGUGGCAAAACGUUCACCAUGAUGGGUACAGCCGAGGCGCAGGGCUUGAUUCCGCGAAUAUGUCGCUCGCUGUUUUCGCGCAUGAAGCUCGGCCAAGAGGAAGGCACGGGCUUCAAGACACAGUGCUCGUACUUGGAGAUCUACAACGAGCGGGUGAAGGAUUUGCUUGGGCCAAGCAGUGCCGGACAUGGAUUGCGGGUGCGCGAACACCGAACACUUGGGCCCUACGUCGAAAAUCUGUCCCAACAUCCGGUAUCGGACUACGCGGAAAUUCAGAACUGCAUGAUCCAGGGCAACAUCCAGCGGACGACAGCCAGCACCAACAUGAACGACACCAGCAGCCGGAGCCACGCAAUCUUCACGAUAACGUUCGUCCAGGCACGCUACCUUAACGGGCUGCCGAGCGAAACGGUUUCUAAAAUUCAUCUGGUCGAUCUAGCUGGCAGCGAGCGUGCCAACGCCACGGGUGCUACGGGCCAGCGGCUCAAAGAAGGUGCCCACAUUAACAAGUCGCUGGUGACGCUCGGCAGCGUCAUUUCGGCGCUCGCUGAGCAGACGAACCCGACCAACAACAAGCGCGUGCUGUACAUACCGUACCGUGAUUCCAUCCUGACCUGGCUGUUGAAGGACAGUCUGGGUGGUAACAGCAAAACCAUUAUGAUUGCAGCCAUUUCGCCUGCCGAUAUCAACUACAGCGAAACGUUGAGCACGCUGCGUUACGCGAAUCGUGCCAAGAACAUCAUCAAUAAGCCGACGAUCAACGAAGAUCCGAACGUGAAACUGAUCCGUGAGCUGCGCGACGAAAUCUACAAGCUGAAGUUGAUGAUCUCGAGCGACACGGCCGCAUUGGAACCAUCGCUAAAGGUGCUGGAGGACUUGCAGAAGAAGGAAGCCCAGGAGAAGGUGCUGACCGAGGAGUGGACGGAAAAGUGGCGCGAAGCACAGUCCAUAUUGCGCGAGCAGAAAUCACUUGGUUUGCGCAAGUCGGGCGUCGGAGUGGUGCUCGACUCGGAAAUGCCUCAUCUGAUCGGUAUCCACGACGAUAUCAGUACCGGAGUGACGCUUUACAGUCUGAAGGAGGGCGAAACGUCGAUCGGCACCGAAGAAGCACCGUACCCGCAGGACAUCAUACUAAACGGCAUCGGCAUUGCGCCUGAGCACUGUCGAAUCGUGCUUUCGAGUGGAACGGCCACGAUCUAUCCGAACCCGAACGCCACUUGUCUGCUGAACGCGUCCAUCAUCGAGGUUCCAACUGCGAUCAGCCAAGGAGACAUACUGCUACUGGGCCGAACGAACAUGUUCCGCUACAACAACCCUGCGGAAGCGGCCAAACUGCGACAGGAGAGUACCCAACAACAGCGCUCCUCGCGGCUCGACCUUUCGCGGCUGUCGCUAAUUGCUGCUUCGCGGGAGAACCUUUGCGCAAGCUUCAUCAGUGAUGAGGACGGUUCGCCAAUGUCCGGUGGUGGUAGCAACGCCUUUGCUGGUCUUUCUUAUAACUCGCCCCAGGUCUCGGCCCUGCGCUUCCGCCAGUACACACCGAGCCGGGAUGAUGUGGAGCUGCAGGAUGAGCACCGAAAGAUAUUGCAAACUAUCGAGAAUGCGCUGCGUCAGUUAAACGUGGAACGCAACCGGAUGCACGAACAGUUCAAGAAUAAGAUUAAGCUGUGCACCGAAGAGCUGGAGCGGCUGGAGCGAACACGACAGGACAAGCUGACAAUAUUGGACAGUCGCAUCAGCGAGUUGAUGGCUCGCCGAGAGAUGGUCCUGUGGGAAACGAGCAAUGAGAAGUCGCAAGUAGACAUUUUAGUGCGGCAAUUGGCGGCCCUUCAGACGCAGCUCGACACGAAGAAGCGUGACUUCUAUGAGUAUGUUGCCAAAGAGCUACAGGAGCUGCAGGACUGCGGCCGGUUGGACGAGGCAAGUACGGAACUGAUACAAAAUGCGCCACAAACGGAAGACUAUUCGGAAAUAUUGCUUCAGAUAUCGCGGUCGCUUGACACCUACUCGCAGCAGUACAUACGGGAGUUCAUUCGUCGUAACCGCGAUGAAAUUACUAAGUACGAGAAUGAGCUGAGUGAAAAGGAAAAUCUGUUGUCCGAAAGCACACAGAAGAUCGCAGAGUUGGACGUGAAGAUUCAUGAGCUGGAGCAGCAAAACAGAGACUUAUUACAACAGCGAACACAGCAAGAAUUGGAACAAAUUCAACAAAAGAAGCUUUCAUUGACUCUCAACCUUACGCACACCAAUGGAAGUGACACUGGCGAAGAGGGAACCGAAGAUGAAUCGACGGCCAACCGUGCGCUAGAAACCUGUGAUACCUUUCAUACGGCCAACUCGGACUGUUCGUUCGUAUCGGCCCUUAACACACCCGCCUUGGGCUCGUUGAACCAUCUCAUCCCGACACCCAGCUCAACGGAGGACGGAAGCACGGAAUCGGACAACGCCGACCGGGACUAUGAGGAAGCCACUUCGAACGGAGGACAUGAGUUGCUCGGUGGCGGCGGUAUGAGUGACAGUGGAGUUAGUUUCGAAACCAACAAACAAAACGAUGGCGGGACAACAUUGCUGACGGUCGGCGCGGGUGAGAAUGGUCACGGGAAGUUGCUGAUCCAAUCGGACGACCACUGUCUACUGCUUGCCACUUCCUCGACUCCAACCUCCAAGUAUGAGGGGAAGAAAAUCCCUGCGACAGCCACUGUUAUCGUCACCGAUCGUGAGAACGGAGUAGAAAAGGUAAAUCAAUCGCUACGAAUGCAUCGUAAAUCGACCGAUUCGGAGGAUGAUGGCAAUUCUCACAUCAAAAACUCCAAAAUGACGGAAAGUUUGAGUCGUUUGAAGAUUUCGGCAUCCAACAAGAGCAAUGGGAAGAGUAGUAGCUUGCGUACCGAAAUAUUCGACAUCCGCCAUGGGAUACAUCCGCUGCGUAUGAGCGUGAGUGGCAGCACGCGCAGCGGCACCGACGGUAGCCGUAACGAGGAAGAACACGACGACGAAGAUAUAGGAGUCGACGAGGACGAGGGGCACCGAUCACGCAGUUCAUCGAUCGACAACAGUUCCAUCACAUCGUCAACGGCCAAUCUGAUCCUUUGCGAGAUGAACCACCUGCGCGAAAGCAUCGCCAGUAAAAAGGCAGAGAUUAUGAAAAUUCUGGAAACAAAUGGCGAAAAGAGGCUGCUCGAUGGCAAGAUUGGCGAGCUACAGGAUCUACAGAAGCGUAUCGUGCAGCUAGAGUUGAAGAUACAGGACGUCGAGAAGAGCUGCCUAUCGGACGGUGAGCAAUUGGAUUCGAUGCGUGACAUUCCCGGGAGCUUUACCGAUAGCGAUGACAGCCGGGUCGGAAAUUCGUGCAUCUAUCCGACCUACGUGUUAUCAAGAGAACAAACCAGCAUUUACGCUCCUAGCGUCACGCGCUCGCUGCCGUCCAUGGAUGGAACAUAUCGUUCGGAACAUCUGAUCAACAUCCCGACGUACAUCAUACGGGGUGCAGGAAAGCAGACGCACUACGAGUACGAAGUUAAGAUCAAUCUUCCGGACGAACGAUGGACACUGUUGCGGCGGUACAGUCGUUUUCGCGAGCUGCAUCUGACAAUGAAAAAGCAAUACGGUGACAAGAUUGCCACGAUUCCUUUCCCUCGGCGAGAGCUGUUUGCCUCCAACACAGAAACGGUAGCAAAGACGAGACGGCGUCAACUGGAAACGUACCUUCGGAGACUGUUGGUGGUGUGCGCCAAACUACCACACUGUGCGAUCUACGAGGGCGAAGGUCGCCCUGGGUUGACCAAGCAAACGCUCAUCGAGUUUCAUUCCUUCUUCAAGAAGGGCCUCUUUGAAACGGGCAAGCAUGGCACGGGUUGAACUGUAGGACAUGCCAGGAAGCAGUUGUGGCCGAGAUUGUGUUAUAUUUGUGAUGCGAAAGACUUUUAGAUUUCUAGCCAGUAACUGUUUUUAGUUCUUAAGUAAAGCCCUGGGUAGUUAGAGAACCAAUUCGAAAUACGUUUUCCUGUUUCGAUUUGUUUAAUUUCUUUCACAAGAAUAGCGCAAAGACAAGCAAAGAAAAUGCGCCCAAGUUGAUGAUCUACUAAAUGGAGUUGAAAAGAUAAAAAGAGUGCCUGAGAGGGUUUUUGUGUGGGUAUAAAUUCAUGGUACUGUUUUCUUUGUGUACAGUUUAAGUGGCCUUUCAUUAAUCCACGGUGUCUUACCUGUUAGAUUGGCUAGUAUGAUAGUAAUAGUUUAGCUCAAAGCGUAUAUGACAAAAAAAGAAAUGUGACAAUAACGCCAUUUGAGCGAGGUACUACCGGGGUCUAAUAAACCCGAACUAUCCAACUUUCCCACAGAACCCGUUCCUCGGCAGGCGCUACAAUGCGAACCACGUUCAUUAGAUGGCAAUUUUCACCAACUUUAUCGACAGCAGGAUAAAGUAAUCAUUGGUUGAACCCAUUCGCCAUCGUGGCCCAUAUCGAGGUGUGGCACGUUGUGUGGUGUUGUAUUAAACGAACCAAACGGAUCACCACGGCGAGGAUUGUACUAUGCGCCCAGUGUGCUCCUUUCCCUACCAACUUCCAAAGAUAGCCGGAGACAUGAUAUGUUCCGAGAAUUGAAGUGUAAUGCCUUUCUAUUCCUACCCGAAAACUAAACUAUUAUCAAACUCCCAUAUAGGCCAUUCUUUGCUGGCAAAUCGAUCAUCAUAAUCACUCUCAUCAUAUCAAACGAGACGUCAGUACAACGUGCAAACCAUUGUGUGUGUUCCGAGUAGCAAAAUGUUCAUGAACAGAGAUUAGCUGUGAUUUUUUCUUCCACUUCACGUUGGAUAGUGCUAUCUUUUGUUUUCAAAUUUGUAAAGGUUUCUUGUUGAAAAUGGCCACCUUGCCGGAAAGCGUGCAAAGCGAUGAAUGCAAAAGAAGUGUUUCUUGCCUGUUGAGCUGUUCACUUCACAUGUCACUCUUUCAUUAUACCCAUUUUAUUAAACAUAUAUGACGUGUGCAUUAUUAUUUUAAGCUAGCGUUAAUGUUGUUCUGUAAAAAGGAUGAUAAAUAAGGAACCCAACCCUUUAGCGACUGCUCAAAUGCAACAGUCUCAUUAGCAACAUCCGAUCCGAUUCGAUAUCGGUCCUCUCGGACCGUGGUAUCCUCUGUAGCUAGGGCAAAAGAUAGUGUUCCUGAGUUCUGUUCCUAUAUUCCUACCUACAUGUGUACCUUUACAGGUGUUGAACGGGAAACAGAAGUAGUAAUUAACUCAAAAGCAACAAGGUGCAACAAGACCUAGGACUUCGGAGCUUAAGGAGGGGGGGGUUGUAGAUGAAAACCAAACGGUUAUAGUCCCCAUUUGUCGGUUCAAUGUGACCUUAAUGUUUAGAAAAUUGUAAAUCCAAUUGAAAUGAAAUUUGGUCAAUAGCAAUGCGAUUACGUGAACUAUUGUAACAAAUGCAGGUGUUUUACCGAUCGCUGAACGCAACAAGCAGCAGUGAAGGAAAUUACUAGAACAAAUUAUUAUAGAAAAUGCCUCCAACCAAGGACUUUGACUGAAGCACACGUAAUGCCCGUUGCCCAGACGAAACUAAGAUCUAAAAGUUUAGCCUAAAGUUUAGCAUUGUAAACGACAACAAAAAUAUUCAAAAUCAAUUCAGUGUUUGAAAGGGUAUAAAAGUUUAGCAAGGAAUAACAAAAUCAACUCCCGUGUGGUAGCGAGUGUCUCAAAAUGGAUCGAUAUUUUUUAGCAUAAUGAUCAAUCCCAAUAUUGUUUCGAAAGUAUCUCAGUGUUGCAAUCUGAGCAGUGGAUGGUAGAACAUUAUACUAAGGAAAAAAUACAAAUGAACACCAAUAUAUAU